UGGGGGCAUUACAGUGUCAAAUAUGCAGCUCUUCAAAAGAGAUGUUAAACUGUGGUCCUCUCUGAGGAACCAAAUUCCCCUUUUUUUGUCCAGCUCAGGGUGGGAUUUUCUGUGCUGUUUGAAAACCGCCCCUUGAAACUGACGAAAGAGAACUGAUGCAUUAAACUACCCCUCCCACGCGUUUCACUGAAGCUGAAACACUCAGUGUGUCUGAAUGUUCCUUGGUGAAGCACUGAGAGAAGCUGGAACUUUAACUGACUGAGAGAGAGAGAGAGAGAAAUGGCGUUCAGAGUUACAGCGAUUCUCCUGUGCCUUGCCAGCCUCUCCGGAGCUGACAGCAGUCUGAGUGCUCCCGAGGACCUUCAUUUUGUCUCUGUGAAUACUGAAAACAUUCUACACUGGAGGCCACCUUCAGACUCCCCCACACCAGCUCUGUAUGACGUCCAAUACACAAGGUACGGUGUAGGAAUUUGGAUAGAGGUGCCACACUGUACGCACAUAUCAAACUGGUCGUGUGAUCUGACGUUGGAGACCUGGGAAUUCAACGAUACCUUCAUCACCCGAGUCAGGAGAGUUGUGGAGAAUGUGACCUCGGAAUGGCAGGUGGCAGAUUACUUCACGCCCAUCGAAUCCACUUCUCUAAGCUGCCCGACCUUUGAGGUAAAGGCGGACUUGAAGCAGAUUGUAGUCAGCAUCAAUCCGCUUGUUCUGCAGAGAGGUUCGCUCUUCAGGGCCAUGACGGACAUCUUCGGGUCUGCUCUGGUCAACAAAAUUCGAUUACGAAAGAACGGCUCUGAUCAGCACGUCUGGGAGUUUAAAGCACUCGGAUCGUGGCGAUCCAUGGAACUGAAACCAGGAGAGGUUUACUGUGUCAGCGUGCAGACAAGCAUCAGCACGCGUCCCAACCAUUCCAACUUCUCCAGUGAGAAAUGCCAACACAUUCCACAACUGCCACAAGGUAAGCCUCUGAUACGUGAAUGCCACACAGCUUCCACCACGUGGCUGGAGAGGGAAAGGCACGGGAGUAGGAUUAAUCGGAUGGUGUGA